AUGGCGCGGGAGCAGCCGCCACCAUCUACUCCCGCCUCCUCCCCGCCGACAACGAGGCAACGUGCCGCGACUAACUCCACGGCAGCACAGAAGACCCACUUACCCACUGGGGCCCACAGAGCCGCGGCCGCACCGAACCUACUCCUCACCAGCGAAGAGACAGCACGUCCGCCGCCUCCACACGCAUUGAGCACAGCGCGAACGGGAGCGCAGCGCCCCACGGAGACACUACGGGACGGUGACUGCCUAAUGAUCCCCAGCGUGCGAGAGAGCGUGCGGGACCGACAGCGGCUCUCCGGGGAAGCCUCCGACCCGUCCGUCUUCCCGAUGGAGGUGAGUGCUGAGGGGGACACAGCUGAGCCAUCACACCGGCCCCUGACUCCACUGACCCCACCUGCACAGAAGCCCCACGUGGACCACUCACCCGCACCCAGCACCCCGUCCAUGUUUGGGAGUCAGAGGGGACCCCCCUCGCCCACCUCCCAGCUGUACCCACCUGAAGAGGGAUUGAUGCAGGGACUAAGAUAUUUGCCUGAGCCACUGGUGGGGCCCUGUGCAGCUGCCCGAGAGUCCUGCACUCGACCGCCCACACAUCUGUCUCCCUACCCUGCUUCACACACGGAUUAUGCAAACGGGGAUCUAACCCCCAAGUACGGCCGCAAGGAGAUCCACGAUCCUCGGGGACUCAUGCUCCCAUAG